GAUUGGUGGAGUUACCUUGAUAAUGCUUCACUCCAUCCAGAGAUGAAACCGAUAAAGCAAUCCUCCGUUGGCAGCCAAAGAAGAUCAAGAAUGCCACCCGGACAAGGAGAUUAUUUCACACGAUAACAGCAUCUCCAUCUGCAGAUUAUCUACCAGUGGGACUGCUCUAAAUUAGGAGACGCCUCCGGGGACGCGCUGAACGGGCCGAUACUUCGCGAGACAGAGACAGAGGCACUUUCAAUUCCUCACGAGCGGCCUCUUCGUCUGGAUUCGCAUCUUCUAUUCAAGAUCCGUAAGCAUGGCGAAGACCUCCGGCACAUACCGCAUCGGUGUCGAUGUCGGUGGUACUAAUACCGACGCUGCCAUCAUCGACAUCACCGCCGCUGACUCUCCCUCUCGCGGGGUGUCUGCAUCCUACAAGACCCCCACCACUGUCGACGUGACAUCCGGUAUACAUACUGCGAUCAAAAACGUUCUUUCCAAGUCCCAGGUGGACCGCAAAGAUGUGCUCAGCGUCGCUAUCGGGACGACACACUUUGUGAAUGCUGUCGUUGAGGCUGAUGCUAGACGGCUCAGUAAAGUUGCAGUCGUCCGUCUCUGCGGGGCCUUCACAAGAAAGGUUCCCCCGUUCGUCGACUUCCCCCCGGCCCUCAGGGAGAUCAUGGGUGGGCCGGUAUUCUACCUUGACGGAGGUCUUGAGAUCGACGGUCGAGAGAUCUCUCCGUUGAACCCCGACCAGAUCAAGGAAACAGUAAAGAGCAUCCAGGAAGCCGGAAUCAAGAUGGUAGCCGUCGUGGGCGUCUUCUCACCUCUAGACCAUGAAGGAAUCCACGAGGAGAAGUGUAAAAAGUUGAUGCUCGAACUGGAUCCUUCGUUAUCUAUCGUCUGCUCACACUCAAUCGGUAAUGUCGGGCUAUUAGCACGGGAGAACGCAACAAUCCUCAACGCCUCCAUCCUUACUCUGGCCAGACGGACGGUACGCGCUUUCUGUAGAGCCAUCGCCAAACUCCAACUGGAUUGUCCCCUAUACUUGACACAGAAUGACGGCACAUUGACAGACGCUGCAACGGCCGCCGAGUUCCCCAUCAAGACCUUUGCGAGCGGGCCCACCAACAGUAUGACCGGUGCGGCCUUUCUGGCAUCGUUAGACAAAGGCAAUGAGGCCAAGGCCAAGAGCAUAGCUUCCGAGACGCAGGUUCUCGUAGUCGACAUCGGUGGCACAACAAGCGACGUCUGUGCUUUGCUUCCUUCUGGGUUCCCCCGGCAGGCGCCAAAUUUCGUCGAAGUUGGCGGCGUCAGGACCGCGUUCUCCAUGCCUGAAGUUUUAUCCGUUGGACUCGGUGGAGGCAGUCGUAUCUCUUACGACGAGAGCACUGACAACGUCUGCGUAGGGCCAGACUCAGUCGGUCACUAUCUCACUACCAAGGCAAUGGUCUUUGGAGGAGAUGUAAUGACAUCGACAGAUAUUGUCGUCGCCUCUGGGGCAGCCCAGAUCGGCGAUGCUUCGAAGGUCGCAAGCAUUCCAUCUCACGUUGUGGCCGAGGCCCGUCUACAGAUCAAGAAGAUUCUGGAGAGAGCGGUCGACGACAUGAAGGUCUCCGAACUGCCAGUCACUCUUCUUCUCGCUGGUGGUGGCUCGAUUGUCCAGAUGGACGCACUUGAAGGCGUUGCGAAUUGCAUUAUACCCCCGCACCAUGAUUCUGCAAAUGCAGUCGGUGCUGCGAUCGCCAAGGUUUCCGGCGAGGUCGACACGAUUGAGAUUCUGGAGGGUCGUGACGAGAAAGAGGUGUUGGAAACAAGCAAGCGACAGGCUAUCGAGGCUGCUGUAGCCAAGGGGGCGGACCGAGACGACGUGAAAAUCGUCGAGAUCGACAAGAUCCCUCUGCAAUAUGUCACCAACAAGGCGACUCGGUUUAUUGUCAAGGCAGUCGGCAGACUGUCAGGGAUUCAGACAGCGACAAACGGUAAGUCUGCGGGAGACGAGAUUGAGAAGGAUGAAGACGAAGAACACGUUGAGGAAGCAAAGAAGGCUGUGCCUCCAGCAUCCCUCCAGUCCUCCGUCAAGCACUCCAUGUAUAUCGAUAUCGAGAGAUAUCGCCCUGAAGUCCACGGUGACACCUGGUACAUCUCGGAGGUGGAUCUUGAGUUCAUCGCCACGGGCACUGGAGUGCUAGGUACUGGCGGAGGAGGCUCCUCGUAUCUGCAGUAUCUCGAAUGUCUUGAACGGCUUCGCGAUCCCAAUACAAAGGGACGCAUGCGGGUCAUGUCAGCGAAAAGCAUGAAGGAUUCCGACAUUUGCGUGUUUGGUGCUGGAUACGGCGCCCCCAGCGUAUCUUGCGAACGGCUGCAAUCUGGCACGGAGAUCGUGACGGCUGUCGAAUGUUCAGUGAAGGCGUCCGGCCUCACGCACUUUGAGGCCGUUCUUGCAGACGAGAUCGGAGGUGGGAAUGGACUGACCACAUUCCCGACCAGCGCACAUUAUGAUAUUCCUGUGAUCGAUGGUGACCUUAUGGGCCGUGCUUAUCCCACGAUGGAGCAUGCAACGCCUUAUGUCUACGGACACAACGUCACUCCUUGCACGAUGGCUGACGGACGCGGUAACACGAUGGUGGUGACGCACGCUGAAUCCACGAAGCGAGUGGAAACUAUGCUGCGAUCCGAAUGCAUCGACCUUGGACUGAGCGUAGCCGUCUCAGCGAAGCCGUUGCCAGGCGACGUGAUUAAGAAAUACGUCGUCCCCAACACCGUAUCUCAGUCGUGGUACAUCGGGCGAGCUAUUCACCAGGCGAGAAAGUCCAAAACAGAUAUCAUAAAGGCGAUAUUUGACACAACCCCCGGCAAACUACUAUACUCCGGAAAGAUCAUCGACGUCAAACGCGACGUCAGCCGCGGCUACACGAUGGGCCAAUGCACAAUUGCACCUCUGGCAAGCGACGAGAAAGAGGCCCUGGGAACCUCUGCGUCCAGAGCCACGACUGACGAGCAGCGUUACAUCGUCAUUCCGUUCCAGAAUGAGUACCUGUACGCCGCAUACGCGGACCCUGGUGCCCCUGACGACGUAUCAAAGCAGGAAACCAUUUGCACGGUCCCCGACCUUAUUUCCAUCCUCGGACAGGACGGGGAGGCCAUUGGGUCCCAGGAGCUGCGGUACGGGCUUCGGGUUAAUGUCAUCGGCAUGGCUGCUCAUCCUCUCUGGACGGGCGAUGAGAGAGGGUUGCGAGUCGGUGGACCGCGUGGAUUCGGGCUGGAUAUGGAGUGGAAGAGCAUUGGGCCGUACCAGGAGCCUAAGAGUGUGAUUACAGAGUUUGGGAGUGGUGACUCUUGAGGAUAGACCGUAUAGGGUUUCCUCUGGAGUAAAUACUAGGCCGGCGUUUAUCUGGGUUCCUCGCAUAUCUUGACGAGCUGUGGGACUCUGUCCGGAAGGAUUCCGAUAUCACGUAGAUAUCAGCGCGGAGAACACCGUGAAAUAGCUUAAAUGGGAUUGAGAUAUGAUUCAAG